UCACUAUCUCUCUCUUUCUCUCCUUCCAUCCCGGAGUGCAUAAAAGCUUUGUUCCUAGUGUUGUUGAUGAUAUUAACUGUACUAAGGAAGUCUUAUUUCUUUUCAUUUCAUUGUCAACGCGGCAACGUACCUGAUACUUUAAGAAAACUGCUGUUCUGAUUUUACAAAUUUCCUUUUUCUCGUUCAUCAUCAACAUACGUUAAUAAUUAUUCACAAGAGUUGGAUUAUACGAAAGAAAAAAUACGAUAAACAAGAUAUAUAAGAAUUUCUUUCUACAGAUUACAAUUUUUGUGACAAGAGGAAGAUAAUCAACUAAGAAGUAAACAUAUCACACAUCAGUAAAUUGAUAUUUGAAAAUCUUCAUAAAUUUAACAUUUAUAAAAGUAUAAGUCAAUAAAUUAAUAUGACAGAUGUCAUUGAACAUGCAGGUUUUUCAAAGAAUUCAAUGUCAUUCAAACCUUCUGAAAAUACACAUGUAAUGUCAUCAGUACCACAACAAUUGUCCUUAGAGCCAGGAGUUGAUGAAGUUGAUAAUCCGGAUUAUCGAUUUGAAUUGGUUAGAUUACAGAGCUUUAAGAAUUGGCUUGUUACAUGUAUCGAACCGAAAAGACUUGCAACAGCUGGCUUUUAUUAUAUAGGCAAAGCUAAUACAGUGAGAUGCUUCGAAUGUCGAGCAGAAAUACAUCAAUGGGAACAAGAUGUUUGUAUACUAGAUCAACAUUUGCAAACGUGCCGUUUUGCCAGAAAUGUACCAUGCGGUAAUGUACCUAUCGAUGUAGAUACUAACACAGUGUCGGUAUCAAGAUCAAACACUCAAGAUGUUUGCGGAUUAAAUGAUACAACAUUUCAAAAUGAAUCUGUUCAAAGUGAAUGCGAUGCAAUAUCUUCUUUGGAAUUACAAUUUCCAAGUACUACUAAGUUAGCAUCUUUAGGACUUGAAAAGCCAAAGCCACCAGUACAUCCAGAAUAUAUAAGCUACGAUGCUAGACUACGUACUUUUGAUACAUGGCCUAAAUCAAUGCCACAGAAGAAAGAUCAUUUAGCGAAUGCUGGAUUUUUCUAUACAGGAAAAGGUGAUCAAACUUUAUGUUAUCAUUGUGGCGAAGGUUUAAAAGAUUGGGAACCUCAAGAUGAUCCAUGGGAACAACAUGCUAAAUGGUUCUCUAAAUGUUAUUAUCUACUAAUGGUGAAAGGUCAAGAAUUUGUGAAUAUGAUAAAGGAACGGGAGGAAACAUUGCAAAUGAGUCUACCAAUUUACGUUGAUAAGAUUCAAUCGUCUUCAACGGGACAGAUUUCAAAUGGCACAAAAUAUGAAAACUCUAAUAGCAAUUUUGAGAAUAAAGAUUCUGGGAAAUUAAAUUCUAGUGCAAGUUCCAGUGAAGAAAGCUCGAAAAUUUUACAUGGUACAAAGGCGAAUAAAUCCAUAGACAGUGCAAGAUUGUGUAAAAUCUGUUAUGAUUCGGAACUAGGCGUAGUAUUCUUACCCUGUAGACACAUGGUUACAUGCGUUAAAUGUGCACCUGCCAUGACAAUGUGUGCAGUUUGUCGACAACCGGUAAAAUUGACCCUAAGAGCUAUUCUUUCUUAAUCUAUAAUACUUGAAAAAAUCAUAACAACAAUAGCUCAGUUUUUAUUUGAAAAUUUCACAACACUUAAUACUUAUCAAUAUUUCUUUUUUUCUUUAUGCAUUCCAACAAAUAACAACACUGUGAAUAUGUGCAAAAAGAAAAUAAAUAGCAAUUUAAUUACACGGAUCUAACAGACACUCGUACUACUUCUUCAAAUAAUAUUAUCUUUCGUUUUAAUAAUGAAUAUAUUAUAAAUGUAAGAUGUAAAUAUGCAAAUGUAUGAUGAGUGUGUAUUACAGAACAUCAUGUGAUCUAACAUGAUAUGUUACAUUU